GAUAUAUUUCCCCUCAGAAGGGCACUUAAGGGGAACGCCACAUUAACAGUAGGUCCGGGUGAAGAGAAAAUUGCGUUGUUUUUCAUUACUCUGUUCGCAAAGUGUAUUUAAUCGGCCACAGCAAGACUAUAAGACACAACUUCGCAACUUCAUCUAAAAUUUCUUCUUCAAGAAUUUUGAACGUCCAAGAAAAUUUGGCAUGGAGGAUCUCUUUCGAUUGGAAUUCACCCAGACAUAAGUUCGGUGAGAGACAAAGUUUUAGUUACAGUGAAACUCCAGUAAGUAGACAGUCAGUUUUACUCACUUUAAACAUCGGAUAAAGUGAUUCUUUUCUCUUUAAUAGAGAUAAUGCCGAGUCUUUAAUAAAUUAGUCAUGACAAAAAUGUCGACGAGUCCGCUAUAUAGAUUAUUAUAAGACUAGCUAACAUUACGUUUAAAGUUAAGUUCAAGUUUAAUUUAUUGACUGUAAACGGCUUCAAAAACACUGCAAUAAAUUAAUAGUUAAAGAAGAAGGCUUUCAUCUGUGUACACAUAUCCUUAAAAGUACAAUUCUAGUUGUGUUAUUAAUGUCCCACCCACAAUACUGCUCUUGAGAAAUUUUACGUUUCUCUACUCUCAGAUACAAUUUACGCCCAUACACGUCCUCGUAUUGAUAAUAUACAACAAUAAAUGCUACAACCACAUAUCCGCCUGGUCAAUAAAGUUUUAUUGUAAAGCACAGCUAUGACAGCUGUAUGAAAAAAAACCCGUUUCUCAAACGGAAGGCUGCAUCUUCCAGAGGUCGCAUUUGCAGUCUGCACGCGUCAUUAAACCAGCCUUGAAGCAGAUGUUCAAUAUCAGGCAGGGCCUCUUAUAGCAGUGUAUGUGGAGAACAACAUUGUCAUUGUGCUCCUCUGCACAAUCAUAAAACAUUUCUAGUCUGCACUACAUCAUGAGAUUGAUAAUCUGACUGGAGGGCCUCAAUCCACUUCACAUCACUCUUGAUAACUUCACCAAAAGAGUGCUAAGGAUCCACAAAAUUGUCCUAGAUUUGUUUCAUUGGGCACCUACAGUAAUAAUUAACACUGAAUAUACUGGCUAAGGAUGUGUUCGGAAGUGAAUAUAAUUCUCUGCAGUUGGAACAAACUCAACGUUCACAGGGAGAGACCAUAUUUAAAGAUUUUGUUUACUGGACUGUGCCUUGGAAUUACAGGAUUUCUGGUUUUAUGGACUUAUGUGGGAAGUAAAGAAGAGAAACCUUUAACCAGCUUUUUGUCACAACACUUUGCAAAACUUUACAACUCCAGAAAUUCCUCCACCUCUCCUGCAGAUGUUCAGCUAGAUUUCAAUUCAGAAGACUCAGAGUCAAAUUCAAGUUCAUUUUACUCUGAAUUUGGAAUCAGUUCACAAAGUUACUUCAGUUUACAGCAAACUCUUUACUGGGCUGGACCAGACACAACAAUCACAAAUGUGUCUCUGAGUACAAGUCCAGAUCACUCCACUUUCAUCAUUCAGAACCUGAAAGACAGCUACCAUAUAGGGGAGGAGCUUUUUGUUACUAUCCAUGCCAGAGACUUUAACAAUAAACCUAAACGUUAUGGAGGGGAUUUCUUUCAAGCAAAGCUUUUCUCACAGCCCCAAAAGGCCAGUGUGUUUGGGGAGGUGGUGGAUUUGCUCGACGGCUCCUACUCUGUGCAUUUUCUUCUGCCGUGGGUUGGAGAGGCACAGGUGGCUGUGCGUCUGAUCCACUCCAGUGAAGCUGUGCAGGUCCUCAAGCAUCACAGAGACACUGACUCUGACAGAGUUUUCUUUAAUGGAUAUUUUGAAGGACCGGGACCAAAUGGGACAAGGUUGAAAGAAACAGUGAAGUGUAAUGUGAAGUGGGACGAGAAUGGACUGGAGAGGAUGGGGACUGGAGAUUGCUGUUGUGACUACAAAGAUUCUCGCACUGGAGAAGAAUGGAGCUGUCAGAGACCCAAAUCACUGCCAUGCAGCGCUCGCGUGUAUCACUCUAUGGGCGGGUAUAACAACCGUGUGACUGUCAAUGAAGCAAUGUUUAUGAGUCAAACUGACAAAGGCAUCAAUGGACAAACAACACCAAUCAAGAUUCUUCCUUCCAAAGGAUCAGUGGGAAUUGAUGUGACACAGAAAUGUCAUCCUGGUUUGCACACACCAGUUCCAGCUGGGUUUUACCUGAAUGAUGUUUGGACAUCCUUUGUGUGUAGCACCCGUCAGUUUACUACCCAAACAACAACACAGUGCCUGAAAGACAAACACAUCUACAUGAUGGGAGACUCUACCAUGAGACAAUGGUUUGAGUUCUUGCUGAAAGCAGUACCAACCUUGAAGCAGAUGAACCUGCAUGUUGAAUAUCAGGCAGGUCCUCUUCUAGCAGUGGAUGUGGAGAACAACAUUACAUUACACUGGAGGGCUCACGGUCUUCCUCUACGCUGUCUGAAAACUGAAGUUUCUAAUCUGCACUACGUCAGUAAUGAGAUUGAUGAUCUGACUGGAGGAUCUCACACAGUUAUUGUUUUUAAUCUGGGACCACACUUCACAACAUAUCCUCUGGAUUUCUUCACCCACAGAGUGUUGAGGAUCCGCAAAGCUGUGCUAGAUUUGUUACAGCGGGCACCAGACACUACCAUCAUAAUCAAGACCGUAAACACCGGCUAUAAGGAUGUGUUCGGCAGUGACUGGUAUUCUCUGCAGUUGGACAGAAUCCUACGGUGGGCUUUUCAGGAUGUUGGUGUUUAUAUUUUGGAUGUUUGGCAAAUGACAGCCUGUCACUACAACAAAGAGGACAUUCAUCCAGGUCCUGUCAUUAUCAAAAAUGAGAUGGACAUUUCCCUUUCUUUUAUUUGCCCUGAAUGAUUUUGUCAUAUCAAGAGGUAAAAGCAACAGUCAUGCUGGGUUCAGAUUUUCCUUCUGCCCCCCCA